ACAACGAUUUAUUGGAGUACAUAAGUCAACCUAACAAUUCACUUACUACCAAUUGUUUAAUAAACUUUGCACUAAACAUUGCGCAAGGUAUGAACUAUUUGUCGGGUGAGCGUUUUGUGCACCAUGACCUGGCUGCUCGUAAUAUAAUGAUAGACUUGAGUCUAUGCGUCAAAAUCGGUGAUUACGGCCAAAGUCGGCAUAAAUGCCCGGAUCACUAUUCCAUGAGAGAUAACACUGAACCCAAACAUCCAGUCAAAUGGAUGGCACCCGAGAGCCUGGAAAGUGAGCCUCCAGUAUAUGACACCAAAACCAAUGUAUAUUCAUAUGGUAUA